CUUUCCUUUAUCAUCACUAGAAAUCUACUGUAAUAUAUAUAAGAGCUGAGAUUUCUUGUUCUUUCUCACCUUCAUUUGUCACCUAAUUGGCAGGAAUAAUUUUGACCAGCAGAUUAAUCAGCCCUACUAAGAAGGAUCCUCAUACAAAGAGGUAAUCAUAAAGAUGAAACCACUGUGCCUGAUCACAGGCCUUCUGGCUCUUGCAGCAUGUUUAUUGCCUGGUGAGAGUCACAGAGGUCCCAGGAGACGAUAUCCACCUAGGCCACUGCUUCCUCCUCCUCUACGGUUUCCUUUUGGUCCAGGAUUUGCUCCACGCCUUCCUCCACCUUCUGGCCCAGGGAGAAUUCCACCACCCCCUCCUCAGUUUUUUGGCCCCGGGAGAAUUCCACCACCCCCUCCUCAGGUUUUUGGCCCCGGGAGAAUUCCACCAUCUCCUCCUUUAUUCCCCAAUGGCCCAGGUUAUCCAUAUCCAGCUUUCCAACAAAGACGUUAUCUAAUUCGAUUUCCAUUCAUCCCUAGAUUCCCUCUGAUGUAUCCUUUUGUCCUCACACCCCAAAUACAAACUACUACAACAACAGGUUCCGCUACAACCACAACUGACCCCACUACCACCCAAACGGACUCUGCCACUCCCAUGACAGCUUCUCCUCCCCAAGAGACAAAGACCACUUCUACUCCCCAAGAGACUACCAUCGCUUCUACUCCCCAAGAGACAAUGACAGCUUCUCCUCCCCAAGAGACAAAGACCACUUCUCCUCCCCAAGAGACAACUGCUUCUACUCCCCAAGCGACUACUAUUGCUUCUACUCCCCAAGAGACAACGACUGCUUCUACUCCCCAAGAGACAACAACAGUUUCUCCUCCCCAAGAGACAACAACCACAUCUACUCCCCAAGAGACAACGACAGCUCCUCUUCCCCAAGAGACAACUACCACUUCUACUUCCCAAAAGACAAGUCUCAAGACCUUUUUAGAUAGACUCAUUUCAAUUUUUGGAUGAGAAUGAAAUAUUCCAUAAGCUCUAACCUUUGGGAGGAAUAAUCUUAGAAAGAAACUAUAAAACAACCCACAUAAACAUUAUGACAACAAAGUGAAAAUAAAGAGUUGAGCAACAAUA